UUCCUCAGGUUAGGGCAAUUUGCGCGGACGUGGGUGGCUUGGGCGAUACGCCGAGCUCAGGACAACGGUCAUAUUUUUCGAAAUUUUCAAUGGGAGCUUGAUCUCCAACGGUCACAUAUUUCGAAUUAGCCCCAUCAAUCUCUCUCUAUAUAUAUCCCUCGCCACUCUCCCAAUCCCCAGUCGAAAACCCACAUUCCCCGUCUCCUCCCUCAUCACCUCUUCGAAGAGAAGCUCUCCCCCCAGAAUCCAAUCCAAUCCAAUCGCAUCGAAGAGAGACGAUGGAUUUCCACACCCUCCCUCGUAGAGAUCUCCAGUUCCUCUGCAAGAAGAACAAGAUCCCCGCCAACAUGACCAACGUCGCCAUGGCCGACGCCCUCGAAGCUCUCCAAACCGUUGAAGGGAUAGACGAGAUACUAAACGACGCAUCGAAGUUGGAGUCGCCCAAGAAAGCGGAGGCCGGUUCGCCGGAGCUGCCGCGCACCGCCUCGCGAAGGGCCUCAGCCCGCAGAGCACCGGCUGCGGAGGAGCCGAAGGGGACGCAGGGGAGUCCCCUGCCACGGUCUCGCCGAGUGACUGCGAAAGCCUUGGAGAUCCUGCAGCUGGUCGACGGCGAUGGGGUGGAAGACGAGGGGAAGCAAGAAGGGAAGAAGGAGAUGCCCAAAACGCCGGCUGCGGCUCUUCGUAGCAGCCGUAAGCCGCAAGGGACGGCCGGGAGAAGAGCCGCUAAGAAAGGCGAGAGCGGAGCUGAGGAGAUAGUAGGUGAGACUCCGGCGGCGGCGGCGGCGCCCGGUGCAAGAACUACGAGGAGAAGGACGAGCAAGAAAGAAGAAGAAGAGGGCGUCCACGAAGCUGCUGUCGAAGUCCCCCUCCCGACUCCGGCCACUCGCGGCGGGCGGAGGACGGCUGCUCGAAAGGCCGCCGCAGCGGAAGAAGAUGAGAAGGAAGAGGAAGCGGCGGCGGCGGCGGCGGCAUCCCGGACUACUGCACGGAGAACGAGGCAGACUGCGAGGAAGGCGAUGGAGAGUGCUGCGGCAUCUACUGCAGGAAGAAGGGUGACGAGAGCCAUGGCCGCAGCCAAGAUGGCGGAGUUGGAUCAGGAAGAAGAAGAAGAUAAUGAUCGGGUUACGGAAGGAAUUGAUGGUCCGAAGAAUGGUUCUCCUCAGGCUUCUGAUGAGAAAUCUGAUUCACUGAAGAACAUGGAAGUCUCGGACUCGAAGGGGGAUUUGGUAGAAAAGAUGGACGGAUGUGAAGGAGUUGAAAACGAAUGCAACGAGGAAGUGGGUGAACAAAAGCGGGAUCCCUUUUCUGGUUUGGAAGAUUCGCCGAUCAGAGGGCUCGUAUCUGAGGUGGAUCCUCUGAGUCUCUGUGAUGAGAUUGUCGAAAAGAGUCAGGAAAGUUCUAUCACAGAUCUAAUACCAGUGGAUUCUCAUCCGAUGGAGGAGAGGAAUGGAGGAGAUGCUCCGGACGGCAAAGAAGAAGGCAGAAGUGGCGAAGCUCUCAGCGGAGCUCUGAACGACGAUCUGAUUCUGUUGGAUUCUUCUAAACAGCUGGGAGGAAAUAAUCCGGAUGGAGAAGAAGAAGAAGAAGAAAGCAGAGAUGGCGAAGUUCUUAACCUCCCUCUCCAAGAUUCAGCUGAAUCGGAGACGAUCAAUGAUUCUAACCCUGAGAUCAAUCUAUUACCUGCAAACGAAAGCCCUGCCGAGAAGAAGGUUCUGGAGGACACAGAAGGGCUUUUGGAGAUCUCGUCUAUCUCUGGAGAGGUCCUGCCAAAGACGGCAGCAGAGUUGAGCGUCGCAAUGGAUGAUACCAGUUCUGCUGCAGAUCCCACCAGAUCUCCAGCCAAGGAGGAGGGCAUGUCGGAGGAGCUCAUCAACUCUUCAGUUAAAUCCUCACCUCUGGUCGGAGAUCCGACGGGAGAAAUCAUCAACUCCGUCACCGCAUCCCUCACGAAUAUUUCCAUAGAUACUGGAGAUCUGGUCGAGAACACAUCUGAUUCUGGCCUUGUUUUCGAAGCUCCAGAGGCUCAUCCGCUGGAUUCCAGUGAUUGUAGUAGUGUUGAAACCACCGUUGGAAUCACGUUGCCGGUGGAGGAAGUAGUGGAAGAAAAGAGCGCAGGGAAGGUGAGGGUGUCACUUGCAAUUUAUGAGGAGAAAACCAAUGCAGCUGAGAAUAAAGUCGCCGACUCGUUGGCCAUGGCGGCAGCCGAGAGCGGAGAAGUAGAGGGCCAAUUUAACCUGCUGCCAAAGGCUGUAGACCUGCACUCUUUAAGCCUGGGAAAGCUGCGAACUAUGUACAAGGAGAAGCUCAUAAAUGUGAACAACAACACUAAGGUGAUGGAAGGGAAGAGGUUAGCUCUCGCAGAAUUGAAUGAGAACCUCCUAUCAUAAUUGAUGAUGAUGGUGAGAUAAAACAUGCUACUAGUACAAUGAAUGCGUGUGAGAUCAAAUAAGAGUUGGAUCCUACUCUUUUUUGGUGAGUUUUGCAUGUUUGGUUUUGAAUAUAUGAAUUUGGGUUGUGAAACCAUGGUUUCUCCAACCCCCUUUAUGGUCUUGUUUCUGGAAUUCCGGUAUUAUUGUCUGGAGAAGUAAUAAUGGAACUAUUUUUGUUAUAGUUUCUGUUUAGUCAGAUCGUUCGUCUGUAAUUGGUUGCGAUCGAACUAAAAAUGAGAUUUUCAGUAUUGUCAACAUUUUUUUUUUUCAAUUUGAAUGAAACUCGUCUGUUUGUUUCUA